GGGCGCAGGAAGGCUCUAGAGUUCCCCAGUCCUAAGAAGAGCCUUGGCGAAGAGACAUUGGGAACAGUCAAAUGCAUUAUGGCUCCGGGGACUUUCUGGAACCCUCCCCACCCUCUCCGCGGUCUCCCCCCCGCUAGGGGGACAGGGUUGUCAGUGCUGCUGCUGAGGGUUGGGAGACUGCAUCUUACAGCUCCCUUGGGGCGUCUGCUGUCUCUCCUGCUGCUGCUGCUGCUCGUGCCAUGCUGCCAACCUGGCCUGCCUUGUGGCCAUCACCACCCAUUUAGGAAAGUCAUUUCUGGACAGGCUGCCCCCCUAAAUAAGUGGCCUUGGCAGGUGAGCCUUCAAAUAUACAACUCGCAUCUGUGUGGAGGAUCCCUCAUUAAUACGGAAUGGGUGCUGACAGCUGCCCACUGCAUCUUGUGGAAUUUUGAUUAUACUGUGAAGCUUGGAGAUGUGUUCUAUUUCAACCUUGGGAGUGGUACCUUCAUGACUGUCAGGGACAUCCUCAUCCAUCCUUCUUACUCAGAACUCAUUAUCCCCAAGAAUGAUCUUGCCCUUGUACGCCUGAACUCUUCUGUGAACCUCAGCCAAGCGACUCAACCUAUCUGCCUCCCAGAUAGCAAAUUUUAUGUGAAGAAUGGGACCCGCUGCUGGGUGACAGGAUGGGGCAGGACUGAAGACAAAAGGGGUGAGAGAGGACAGUGUGUUUGUGGGUCUUCCCAAUACAGAGCCAAGAAUUGACUUUUUCUGCUAAGUCUACAAGAUUGCAGCUCAGAGGCAGCAGGAGCUCUCUGGCUGGCGAACUUCCCUUUCCUUGAUGACAGGAGUCUUCCUUGAAGUUAGGAGAAGGAGGAAGGAGAGGGAGAAUAACUAGAGCUGAGCAUCUCUGAAUAGUUAGAUGCCCACAGGCAGACACGUGCCUGUAUAUCUCACUAGUGCAGAAAUUCUAAACUAUUUAUAUAUGUUAGAGGGCCCUUUGGGCCGUCUGGUGAAAUCUGUGGAAUCCUUAGAAUGAUUGUUAUAAAUGCAUUAGAUAGAAAUACAGUAAUAUAUAGGAAAAUGAUUAUAUUGAAAUAUAGCUUUCAGAAUAAAAUUAUCCCUUCUACCUUGAGGCUUUCUUAUCAGGAUUUAGACAUAUUGUGGGUCAAUAUAAGAAAUUAAAUGGAAAUUUUGGAGUUUUGUGGAGGCUGCAAACAGAUGACACAGAGUCUAUGACCAAAUCCUUCAUCCAAAUUUAAUAAGAAGAUACUGUAAAUACUCCAUAAAAAAUAAAGAAAAGAAUUCAGACUUCUUCUCUGAUAUGAAGGGAGGGUCAAAAAAUUUUAUGCAGAUUUUCCAGAUUGGGAAUAUAUUAAAAAGUCUAAAUUCCCAGACCCCAGUUUAAGAAUCCGUAGUGGAUAAUUAUGAGGAUCAAAUUAGAUCAAGGAAAAUUAGGACAAAUUUGUUCACAUUGUGAGUCGUUCUCUAAUACAACAGGCUGCCUUAAGCAAAUUCCCUGUUAAUGAAAGGGUUCAAGCAGAAUCUAGAAGACCAUCAUCACGAAUAAUGUAAAAAGAAUUUCUGUUCUAGAUGGAGAUAGGGCUAGGUGAUCUCCAAAUUUCUUUAUCACUUGGAGAUUGUAAUCUCAAGUAUUCUGACCUUGUAUAUAGUUGUAAAUAGCAGAUGAAUAACAGCCAGAAUUAUAGGAAUUCAGGGGGAAAACUUACUGUGGACUGGAAAGGUCAGAGAAGGCUUUUGAAAAGUAAUGAAUCAAUGCAAGAGACUAUAAUCAUUCUAAGCAGUGAAUCCCCCCAACUUGUGCCACAGAGUACCCCUUCUGUGGCCCUUUCUCCUCUUCAUAUACCUACCUACUUCUCAUCCUGCUUUCCCUUCCAGACUUCAUAAAUGAUCUCUGCAGCUGAGGGAGAUCUUAGCCUUUGGAACCAUUGUUAGGUGGAGGUUUUGCUUUUGUAAUGAGCUUGACUUUUGGAGAUGGGUUGAAGCAAGAGCAGGGAGUGAGUGGUCCCCAAGGUGGUACAUGCUUUGAAGAGCAGAAGGUAUAGACAAAUGAUAAUCCUGUGUCCGUAUUAUAGCCUAUUAACCCCCAGCACCCCUGCCCACAGAUGAUUACUAUUCUUAUGUG